AAUGACCUCUUAUGAUAUUUCUUUUCGUACAGAAAGCAGGGUUGGCAUAGAAUUUCCCCAGGUUAUAAAACCCAGUGGGGUUUUUUGGGUUUUUUCCAAAAAACCCACCAUUAUUGGGUUUUUUGGGUUUUUUUAAAAAUAGCAAACUUUCAGUUGAAUGAGCGUCAUUUUCACAGGAAAUAUCAGGGAUUCCCCGAUGAUUCCCUAGUCCCUGGCUGUUCGCUGUUGGCGUGGAGGUCUGGGCAGGGACUCAGUACCAUAUUUGUGACACACUAUAACGACUGUACAAAAUAUCUUAUAAUGAUGGAGUUUAUUUUGUCUUCUUUGGAUAUGGCUUCAGUGUCAGUAAACAUUAUUAAAAUGCCUUUAUCAGGAGUGAUUUGGUUAUUGUUCUUUUUCUUAUUGCUGGCCUUUCAAAUAUUUCUCAUUGGUUGGACUUGUAACGAAAUCAUGAUACAGAGUGAAGGUGUAGCUGAUGCUCUAUUUGAAAGUAAAUGGUAUUUGUUAAACAAAGAAGCGAAACAGUUAACGCAAAUCAUGAUUGCUAGGGCACGGAGACCCCUAACUAUGACGAUUGGACGUUUUGGGCCUAUGACUACUAAUUCUGCGUUAUUGGUCAUCAAGGCUGCUUAUUCGUAUGUUAGCAUUAUGAGGAACUAG